GCCUCCUACUAGUUGGCUGUGAAGGAGAGCAAUGCAGCAACAACAACGGCAUUGUCAUGGCGGGAAUAAAAGAGAAAGUGGCCUUUGGUUGGAAGAAGGCACACAUGCUGUGUUGAGUUGAUGAGAUCGUUCUGAAAUGGCAAAUGAUACCAAGAAACAUGAAGAGGCCAUUUCAAAUUGGAAGAAAAAGAUAAAAAAUGAGUAUAUCCGCCUUUGCCGGUCGAAAAAACUGAAGAAGGCGGACGAAGCGAAGGUUGACUUUGAAGGAAACAAAGCAAAAGUUGGCAAUUUGCUCCAAAAGAGAAAUGAAAUACUUAACACAACAAAAAAGAUUUCUCUUAUCUUUCCUCCAACACAAAAUACAGACAAUUCAAGAAUGGCAAAUGUGUCAAGUGGAUUCAGCUUUCCAUAUCAACAAGUUUCAGUGCAAAUGGUCUAUUCUCCUCCUCCACUCCCAGCAAUGUAUUCUUGGGCACCACUGCGACAGAAUUUCAUGGUCGAAGAUGAAACAGUUUUGCAUCAUAUUCCUUAUAUGGGUGAAGAUGUAAUUGAUCAAGAUUGCCAGUUCAUUGAAGAGCUGAUAAAAAAUUAUGAUGGCAAGGUUCAUACAUCUAGCAACAGUGAAGCCCUUAUGGAUGAUGAAAUGUUCAUGGCGCUAUUCAGGAAUCUUGUCAACUUCCAAGAAAGUCCUACAGACAAAGAAAGAAAACCGAAAGAAGAUUACGAUUUACGAAGAAGCGGAGCGCAUACAAAAGGAUCUAACGCAGAGCAGACGGAGCCGAGUGAAGAACUUUUUGAAGCCAUUGCAGAAUUUUUCGCUGAUCAUGGCGUCACGGUCCCUGAACUUAAGCAAAGAUUUACAACUUUGAAGGAGAAAGAAAGUACUGAACUCCCACCGGAAUGCACACCUAACAUAGAUGGUCCUGAUGCUAUCUCGACCAAUCGAGAAAAAACAAUGCAUUCUUUCCACACCCUUUUCUGCCGAAGGUGCUACAAAUACGAUUGUUUCUUACAUGCUUUCCGCUCAAGGCCAAAUUUUGCAAAGAAAAAGACACAAGCAGACUUGCAAGAAAGCCAACCAUGUGGUUCCGAAUGUUAUAUGCACUUGACGCAGAAAGUGAUCGCUUCCAUCGAUGGUGGUUCGGAAGCUAGUGAACCUCUUUCUUCAAAAUCGGACACGAAUGGGACAGAAACUGCCCAAAAAGCUGGCAAAAAGCGAGGCAAGCGGGGAUUCUCGCGACAUGAUUCAAAUACUUCUCAAAGUGCCGAAUCACCCCUAACUCCUGUGCAGCGGUCAGUGCUCGACGAUAUCGAAGAUGCUCAAUGGGAAAAUGCCGACCAGUCUUUGUUUCGCGUUUUGCGACCAAUUUUUCCAAAUAAUUACUGCGGCAUCGCCAAGUUGAUUGAAACGAAGUCUUGCAAGCAGGUUUAUAAGCAUGCAAUGCUAGAGGUCCCUGAAGCACCUUUCGUCGACCAUGAAGAAGAUUCGCCCCCUAAAAAGAAGAAAAAACACACAGUGAGAUCUUGGGCAAAUCAUUGCAAAAAGGUUCAGCUGAAAAAAGAUAAUUCGUCAAACUUUGUUUACAACUAUGUACCCUGUGAUCACCCUGGACAGCCUUGUGAUCAGUCUUGUAACUGCAUCGCAACGCAGAAUUUCUGCGAGAAGUUCUGUCAAUGCAGCAUCGAUUGUCAAAAUCGAUUCCCUGGUUGUCGAUGCAAGGCACAGUGUAUCACCAAACAGUGUCCCUGUCAUCUUGCUGUUCGAGAAUGCGAUCCAGACCUUUGCAACUCCUGUGGAGCUGAUAAUUUUGACGAAAGCAAAAGCAGUACGUCGUGCAGAAACAUUGGCCUGCAAAGAGGCUGGCUUAAGCAUUUGCUAAUGGCACCCUCCGAUGUUGCCGGUUGGGGAAUCUACACCAAAGAAGCGAUUCAGAAGAAUGAGCUUGUCAGUGAAUAUUGUGGAGAGCUUAUAUCCCAAGACGAAGCUGAAAGACGUGGAAAGGUUUAUGAUAAAUAUAUGUGCAGCUUUCUGUUCAACUUAAAUCAAGAGUAUGUUGUCGAUGCGACUAGGAAGGGCAACAAAAUACGCUUCGCAAAUCACUCGAUCAAUCCUAACUGCUUUGCUAAAGUUAUGAUGGUCAACGGUGAUCAUAGGAUCGGAAUUUUCGCAAAGAGAUACAUCGACCCGGGAGAGGAACUUUUCUUCGACUAUAGAUACGGCCCUACAGACUCACUGAAGUACGUUGGCAUUGAGAGAGAACUAGACGCCUAUACGACAUCAAGGAAGUGGGUUGCAUCCUAAAACUUGUUACGUCAUAGACUCUUUUAUCAUUGGAUUACAGCGUCAAUUGUCUGACAUUUUAAUGCCGUUUCAUGGGUUUCCCAAAGCCAAUUGUCAAAUUCUACCAUGUAGAAAAAAGUUUUAAAUAA